UCACUACCACAAGUACACAUUGAUCUCCCCGGUGUCUCGCUCUCCUUGUUAGAGACGCCAUGGAGUACAGCAACGAUGCCACGAACACCGCCGCGGCGCAGCCUUACUACGGGCGCCCCGUGUCGCCGCCAUCUCAGGUGUCGUCAGAAGGCUCGCCGCCCCCCGUAUUCCCCUUUGCGGGCAGCGUCCCGUCCUCGCCGCCGACGGUGGUGCUAAGCCCCUGCGCGGCGUGCAAGGUCCUCCGCCGCCGCUGCGCCGACGGCUGCAUGCUGGCGCCCUACUUCCCCCCGACCGAGCCCGCCAAGUUCACCACCGCCCACCGCGUCUUCGGCGCCAGCAACAUCAUCAAGCUCCUCCAGGAUCUGCCGGAGCAUUCAAGGGCGGACGCGGUGAGCAGCAUGGUGUACGAGGCGGAGGCGCGGCUGCGUGACCCAGUGUACGGGUGCGCGGGGGCGGUGUGCCGGCUGCAGAAGGAGGCCAACGAGCUCAAGGUGCAGCUGGCGCGGGCACAGGCCGAUCUUCACAGCGUCCAGGCACAGCACGCCAACCUGCUCGCUAUCGUCUGCGUCGAGUUCGCCACCCAGCACCAGCAGCAGCACCCGCCGCCUCCACUAGUCGAUCAGCUGGACGGCUUCGGCGCCGGGCCCGGUGGCUCGGUGUACCCGUCGCUCUGCACAGACUCAGACGAUCUCGACUCAGCGGCGUGGGAAGAGGCCCGGCGACAACUAUGGACCUGAUGACCAUAAGCACGGAAGCUCUGUACACUAGUAGUUACGCUAGCUAGUCGGAAAAGCGUUUUUUGCCACGCGACUCACACUCGCGUGGUUGUGGACAUGCUGCAGCCUGCAACGGCAACCGUCACAACUAUGCUGUACACCCGGCAAAUAUCCUAGUGCUUGUUUAAGAUCGAUAUAUGUAUUCUUGAAUUCUGAUUUCCGAUCAACAUAGUUCAGUUUCGGAAUUCUGAUACACGAAAAUAUCUGAUU